CAGUGGAGAAUCUUCGUCUGUUCCUUCAAAGCUUCCAGCAGCCAAUGAUGACGCUCCGGCGACCAAAAUAAACAAAACGUCUCCGAGAAAGUAAGACACAGAUUGUCUUUUCUACAUGGGAGCACUGACGAUCAGGAGUCCAAAGAAGAGCCCAUAGAGGAUCCACCCCCUCCAGACAAGAGGCAAAACCACAAACUUCAAGCAGGAUGGUGACAGCACCUCAGUUGGGGAGAGGUCAACCAAACAGAGCAACAAACAAAGUAAAGCCUAAAAGAGGAGGUGUGGCCAAGCAACCGAAGAGUCACAUGUCUGACAGACCAGCUGCAAGUGACUCUGAGAUACAAAGUGUUAUUUUGAAAACAACACAAAAUCGAAAAACAAGUCCAAGUAGAGGAGGUAUCAGAAAGAUCUGAUCAGGAGUCCGAAAUUGGUGCCGAUAUGAAAGGGGAUACCAAACAACGACAGAACAGGAAACAUAUCCCAACAGAGACUGGUUCUAACACUAAAAAUGAGGGUGUGCCUGCCAAGAGGGCAAAGAAACUGAAGGUACCAACCUCAAAAACAAGGCACAGCACUACUCCAGCAGGUGCUUCAAGCCCAAACCACAGUUCAUCUGACUUGGAAGAUGCAGCAGGGCAAAAGAAAACAGAAAACUCUGAUAUGGAAUAUGAUGUCUCAAUAGGUAGUAGCAUUUCGGAGAGUUGGGAUGUACCUGUUAGUAACAAUGAAGUAGAAUUUUCCUCAUUGAAACAAAAUACUAAAAUGCUCAUUCAGAGCAGAAAAAGCAAGGACUGUUCAAAGGACAACACUGAGAAGCUGCCAGUGAAACGUCGCAACAAAAACACACUUAAGCAAAGGACGUAUGUUUCUCUGGACUCUGAUCACUUGGAGUGUCCUAUAAGUGGUUUUUCAGCCAGACCACUGAUCAAGAAAAAAGAGAAGAGUAAGGAGAAGCGCAGGAAGAAAGAUCCAACCCAGUGCAAACACUGCAGCCGGUUAAUUAAGGGUAGGGUUGCAAUGGAGAGACACAUGCUCACACACACUGGUGAGAAACCGUUUGAAUGCUACGACUGCGGCAGACGCUACUCCAACAGCUCCAACCUGCGCAUCCACCAGCAGAGCCACACCGGCAAGAUGGACUACUCCUGUGAGCAGUGCGGCCAGAAGUUCACACACCUGUCCUACCUGAAGGUCCACCUUCUCAGACACUCAGACAAGAGGCCACACACUUGUGACCAGUGUGGCAAAGGCUUCAUCCAGAAGUACCACCUGAAACGUCACCUGCUGGUGCACUCAGACAAGAUUCCCUACACUUGUGACAAAUGCGAUGCCACUUUCAACCGCAUGGAUUGCCUGAGACUCCACAUGCGCAGCGUGCAUCUGAUCAAUUGCAAUGAGAUUAAGCCCAACAAGCCCUUCAAAUGUGACAUGUGCGAGAAAGCGUUCACCACGCGUACCUCCCUAGAGAUGCACAGUCGCAUUCACACAGGGAUCACUCCAUUUUCUUGCUCCAUCUGCCAACGUAAAUUCAAGCAGUCAAGUCAGAUGCAUUCUCACAUGCGCACGCAUUCGGGUGAGAAGCCCUAUGCCUGUGACAUAUGCGGUAUGAAGUUCUUGCGCAAGAAUUAUGUUCGGAUUCACAAAGAAAAGAAGCACUUAUCAAAAGUUUUAAUAAGCACAGUUAAAUGAAUUUCAUCCACCAUUGAUGGAGUUCAGGGAAUGCUUCAAGGACGAUUUUUUCUGUUUUUGUACAUUUGUACAUUUAUUAUCAUUUUUUUAUUAGUGGUGUCAGUCGAUUAAAAAUCUUCCUAAGACACAAGUUUUUAUAGUGGACAUUUAAAUGUAAAUAAAAGAAUGAAUGUAAGAAAUGCAAUUGUAUUUGUACUGGUGGUGUCCAUAAAAUACUAGUAUAUACUUGUAUGUUUGAGGGGAGAUAAAACCAGUGUGGAGCACUAGAAUAAAUAAUGUAUGAUAAAUUGGAUAGAGGAAACUUUUUUUUCUUUAUCGUAAACAUCUCAGCUUGGUUGUAAGGAUUUCUGUGUUUCAAGCACGCACACCACGCGGACAGCAGGAUGUUCAGACCAGAUGAGUCCUAGGGGUGGAGUUCAGAUUCUUGCACAACCCUGUACCACCCGUAUACGAGCCCUAAUUUACGGUGGGAGUUAAUUUGCGGGAAAAAAACGCGUUACUGAUUUCAAAUUAAUCAUGUGCGAUAACGCUUUAAAGUUGACAGCCGUAGUUUACAUGUAUUUGGCACCUGAAUUGUAGUGUCUGUCAGUGGACAGUGCAAACCCGUUUUAGGUUGUAUGAUGACAUUGAUGGUCUGUUUGUGUUUGUCUCUACAUUUUGUUAGUAGAGAAAGUUAGAUUGUACGAUAUUGCCAAUUUUAAAAUUAUUAGGGUUCAAGCACCGAAGGUGCGUAGAACCCUAUUGUUUUUGCUAAGAUUUUUCUUCUUCUUCUUAUUAUUAUUAUUAUUCUUUUUCUCCUGUAAAAACAGUUGUGCAGCCUAAACCGUAAGUCAUAGAGAAAUGAAACUUGGUAGGUAGAUGUAGGAUCAGUGCAUCUCGGUGGACAACAAAAAUGGCACCGAUUGGUCAAGUGGUGGCGCUAUAAA